AUGUCCGAGGAACAAGAUGUAUAUGCUCUCCGCUGGAAUAACAAUAUGGCUGUGCUUCAGUUCGAGAAAGAGGUCGAGUUUGUUUGGGAAAGACAGUGGUCACUGAUGUCAUAUGCUUACCUCGUUGUUCGAUAUUUCGGUCUUUUCCUUGCAAUGCUUUGCGCCUUCUGGGGAGGUCUGUUGUAUAUGCCUAAAUCAGUGAGCUACGGUAUUAUUCUGUUAAUACAAUGGGGUUUUUCUGCAUAUUUCUGCUUGGCGGAAGUGAUUCUCAUCUGGCGUCUUUACGCCCUAUACCACCAAUCCAAGCUCUUGCUUUACGUUCUACUGGGAUUCUUCCUACCUGUCGUCGCGCUGUAUAUAGCGGUGGAUAUAUUCUUAUAUAGUCGACCCUCAGCGUUCUCGGUGCAAGAAACAAUAACUCCGCACGCUAAGUACUGCGAGGCUUCCUUCAACAUGGGGCCUAUGCCUGCCAUAUAUGCUUCCAUCCCCGUCAUAUGCUUUGAUAUCCUCCUAGCUAUUCUCGCAGUUGUCAUCCUCGUAAAACACUUGAGAGAACGGAGAGAAGUAAACAUGAAGCCCAACACCUAUGUGGUAAUGAUUGUGCGAUAUCAUAUCAUAUAUUUUGUCCUUAACUUGGCGAGUCAAGUAUUCUCGGCGAUAAUGUGGGCCGACCUUUCGAUGCCGGUGUUGAGUCUCAUAGUGUUGUUCAAUGAUACCGCGCCGUUCAUUAUCGCUCCCCGUCUGAUCAUCAGCAUCUGGGAUACGCAUGCCAACGACAACUGCAUACAUGUUAGUACGACGUUCGCAGAUUGUGUAUGUUGGACCUCGCCACCGAGAUUCGAUGAGCAAGAGAUGGACUAGCGUACAUGAUGGUUCCUUUUAGCUGGGUUGUCAACGAGCCGUAGUGCUGAAGAUUGGUUCCAGUAGUAAAUAACCGUUACUCUGAUGUACGAGUACUGGUAGCGCCCGUUCAAGUUGACCUUGUUAUUUUCACUUAGUGUACUUAGUGUAAGCACGCUGGCUUACCUGAGUUCCCAUACUCAGUAUAUAUACUGUCGCUGAUACUGAAAGC